CGCUCUCUCUCGGCGGUCACCGCAGCGCGCUCUCUCACGUGUACAACAAAAGAAUGUCGGAAUGAAGUGACGCAACAACAGUGUUACGAGAUCACGAGAUAUUAAGAAGCUUAUCUUCAGGAAUUCGCUGCGAGUGCAUCAAGUAAUCAAAAUUUUCGUGUGAAAUGAUAAUUGAUUUCCCGAUGUGACAUUCGAGUUCUGAAACCUUUUGAUGAUACAAACAACCUGAGACGCUAUGACAGCGAGACUUGUCAGCAGCAGUAACAACAAGAACAGCAGCAGCAACAACAGCAACAGCGUCAGUUUGGUGAGCAGCAGGCCGUCGGAAGGGCGCAGAGCCAACAAGCCCCUGAUGGAGAAGCGACGGCGAGCGAGGAUCAACCAGUCCCUGGCCGUGCUCAAGACCCUGAUCCUGGACUCGGCUAGGCUCGAGCAGAACACUAAGCAUUCCAAACUGGAGAAGGCAGACAUCUUGGAGCUGACAGUUCGACAUCUUCAGCGACAGAGGACUCUGGGAUCAGCCGUCCUCAACAAGUACAGGGCCGGCUUCCAGGAGUGCACGCGAGAGGUGAGCCGGUUCCUUGAGUCGCCCGAUCUGGCGCUGACGCCCGGUGCCCCCACGCCUGCCCUGGACCCGACUAUAAAGCAGCGUCUGUUACGUCACCUGGACACCUGUGUGGCCGAACUGGACCUGGACAUCGGUUUGUCGUCGUCUGCAGAGGGCAAGAGAGACGCCGUGAAGGCAGAGGCGGACAGCGAGGCGCGGCCCGACAGCAGCACCACGACGGGAGGCGACGAGAACAAUAACGGUGCGCCCAGCAGUGUGGGGGGCAAGACGACCCCACAGUCCACCGGAACCGUCGCAAGUCCGGAACCAGACAUGGAGCCCGUGACGGCCGUGGCCACCACAUCGUCGCCCAUCGCUGCAAGCCCCAACACACUCUCCGUGGUGCAGGUGAUUCCGUCACGGCUCCCGGACGGACAGGUCGUGUUCCUACUCCCUAGCCACUAUGUCCAACUCGCGGCGGCAGCUGCUGCUUCUUCAGAGGUUGGCAACCCUGCACCAUCCUCCACAACGACGCUAUGGGCGAUGAGCAACAACAAAAUGUGCAUCGACAACAACGCGGGCAUUGUUGCUAUCGACGAGUCGCUCGAUACCGAGUCCUCGUCGGAUCAACCGAUCGAUUUCACGGUCGCUAAGAGGAGUGAGGAUGGCGUGCAGGCGGGAGAAGUGAAGGAAGAAGGACCCGUGUGGAGGCCGUGGUAAUGGAGAGGCUGACCGACGGCUGAAUACAUACUGUUGGCAUGAGAACGCGUGGCGCGUUGCCAAGACUGUAAAUAAGAAACUAGGGCUGUGUCUCAUUGUUGUAUAUAUAUUGUGUAGACCCACAUACAGUCUGCUUCCAUUAAUUAAGAAGUAACUUACGUGAAAAUAUGUUCGUGAGGACAUGCUGUAAUUAACUUUACGUCAUGAAAUUCCAUUAACUUCGUCGGGGCCCGUUGCCCAGCUCAGUGCAGCACAUGGCGGCCUGACUGUCCGGUUACUGGCAACGCUGAUAGUUGUUCUCGACAGUGGUGCUAUUGCGAUUAAUGGCUUAGUCAGUCUGGUUAGCGAAUUAAUUCAUUAAAUAUCGACAAACGACUUUCCAACACAGAUAUGUCCGUUCGUUGUCCGAUGUGAAGGGGUGCGUGAACUGGGUUCGAAAUUAGCUGAGUCUCUUUAUGAUGAAGUCAUUAAUAUCCUAAUCUAAUAUAAAAAUACGUAAAUUGUCCAGUGCCCUGUUUCCUGCCGCGGCCCUAACACAGAAGAUAUUGCGGAAAGCACUACCUGCUCUUGCCAAUAUGUACAGUAGCCAUGGCAGUUGCGGCAGAGAUUUUGGAUGUGAUUCGAAUCCCAGUUCCCAGUUCAUUUUUGUUUUUAAAUGCAGUUUCUUAAUCUGAGUGCUAUUUCUGUCUCAAAGAUUUAGCUGCUACAUAACGGGGACACCGAGAGGGUACCGCUGCUUGUAAAGAAGCGCUAAGGGCGAAAAGCCCGCAGUUCCCAGGAAACUCACAGCAACUCAGUCACAUGCACCAGUCGGGUUGGAAACCAACAACCCAAACCGUUGGUACAUUAAGUUACAAUUGCUCUUUCAAAAGGUUUAAUCGAUUGUAGUCGUCGAUUUGUUCAAUUUUCCACUUAAAACGUUAUUUGUUGCAACAAUAAAGAUAAGGUACUAGUGGGCAUUGUUUAACUCGCGCCGACACCAAAACACGGCCUUCGUGUUAAACCCGUGCUGUCAGUCAGGGUGUUGUUUGUGGCGUCGUGUUGAGGACUGGCGACGUGGUGUACCGAUAUUCUCUUUUCUUGGAGAACAUAUCCGGUUUGAGGCCGGCCCACUUAUCUGUAUACCACUUCCGUGUCUGUGUGUGUAUGUCUCACUUUAAAACCAUAUUCUGUAACCCUAAGCCUCCACUAAAAUUUACUGAAUGUGACGUCACAGCUUGUUACAGAUAGGCCUAAGAGUGACGAAACUGGUAGACCACAUGUAUAUGUUGUAAAUAAUAAUGCAAUAUAGAACGUUAAUUUAA